AAUAAAUGGAGUACUUUUGUUACAUACAAACAUUGAUACCACUACUAGGGAGUGUAGGACAUACUAGUCAAAUUUAAUAAUCCAAAAAGGCAUAAUAUUUUAUGGCCCCCCCAAAUGGGUUUUUAUGAUCCACACACAAACAUAGGCUCCAUCAAACUAAAAAAAUUACUAAAUUAAACCGCGUUAAUUAUUUACAUUCAACGUCUCAUUCUUCGUUGACUCAUUGUAAUUUACACGAACUCACCAAUCUCAAUUAUAUACUACAAUACCACUCUAUUCACUCUCACACUUUCUUCUCUUCAAAUACCACUUCUCUCUCUUUAUCUUACCGGAAAACCACUCAAAAACCCACCACAAAACCGCUUUCGAAAGGCAAAAACCACCCUUAAAUGGAAGCCGAAGAAGGCAGCUGUUGCAGAUGUUGUUGCAGUUUCAUAUUCACCCUUGGAUUAACAGCUUUAUUUAUGUGGCUAAAUCUUAAGCCUUCAAACCCUGUUUACUCCAUAGAAAAUUUUGACGUUUUUGCCCUCAACAAAACUGCCAAUAAUUCCAUUUACUACAAAAACAACCACACAAUCCGUUAUGAUUUUAAGCUCAAUAAUAAGGAGAAUAAAGAUAAGGGUGUUUACUAUGAUGCCCUUAAUCUUACAUUUUAUUACUUUGAUGCCCUUAAUCUUAGCUUAGCUAAUAAGACCCUUCUUGGAAAUGACACUAUUACCCCUUUCUACCAAGGGCAUGGGAAGAAUACUCAUCGUAUUCGUACCAUUGAUGCUAGAGGGGUAAAAUGGGAAAAUGCUACCGCGACAACGUCUUUUUUUAGGGUGGAGCUUAAUACAACGGUUCGGUUUAAGAUCGUGUUUUGGAAGACUAAACGACGGCAUCGUUUCGGGUUGUUUGCUGAUUUGCACGUUGAUGAACAAGGGAUUUUGAUUAAGAGGAAGAAGAAAGGGGUUAAGUUUAGGUCAGGAGCUAGGAAUAGUAAGUGUUGCAACUUUCAUUUCUUGGGUAUUUUGGGAAUUUUGACUUUUAUUCUUUUGUGGUAGAUUAUUAAUUAGAUGGUAUUCAUCAAUUAUUGUUUUUGUUUUAUUGUAAUUUUAUUUUUCCUAGUUCAAUGGUGUACUUAAGUAACUUGUUUUUACAAGUAUUAUUUGUUAUAGAGCAUUUUUGGUGUG